AUGGACCGACCCUCAGCGUUUGAAAAGACUCAGGGUGAGAAGGACCCCCGUAACUUGGGGGCCAGUGGCCCCUCAUUAUCCUGGGCCGAGAGGCCAGGCCGUGGUGGGGCCCACCAGCAGCCUGAGUCCUAUCGGCUCGAUGUGUCCCAGGAGGAAACCCAGGACUUCUCCCCCCAUUCCCAACUCCACGGUGUGACCCACCCUCGGGGCAACGGCUAUCACCCCGAAGGCACGGAGCCUCCCCUCCACCCAGAUGGCGAAGAGGAGGACCCACGUAGGAGUGGGAUACGGUCCCCCGGAGACGCCUCCUGCCCCAGUGGGAGCCAGAAGCGAGGGGAGCGCUUGCUGGGCCACCCUGGUAGGCUCGACCGCAGCACUGGGGCCCCUCAUCCUGGUGAGGAACCCCCCGGGACAGCACACCAGCCGGAUGAGCCUGGCCGUGAGCAGUCCUACCACUCCGGGGGCGCCCACCGUAAGCCCCGGGCUGGGCCCCCCGGGGACUCUUCCCAACAGGGCUCGCUUCCGUCCUCCCAAUCCAACGAGAAGUCGUCGUCGCGCAGAAACACCAACCAGUCCCACAAAAACACCAACCAGUCCCACGGGAGGCCUGACACCCUGGAGCGCCUGCAGCGUAGUAGCACCAGGCGUGCCCAGCACCCCGGCGAACAGCAGCCACGCAGCGAUGUGCUCAGCCUGCCUCGGUCCAUGGACUUGCCCAGCGAACACGUCUCCGGGGUCUCCCAGUUAUUUGCCCCUUCCCUGUCCCCCAGCGUGGCCCCCUCCUCCAUCAGCCGGGGAUCGGAAGGCCGCCGCGGCACGAAGCUUCACCGUGAUCGAUCGCGCAUCGAGAGCCCCAGCCAGCACCUCUUUCGGACCUACAGUGGAUUUAUAUCACGCACCUCCCAGACCUCCAGCAAAGUCUCUCCCCAUGCCCCAUCCUCCAUAGAGAUGGAUUACUGGUUUGAAGAUGAGCAAAUUAAGAAGCACAAAGUUACGCGAGCCAAGCGCGUCCACAGGAAGCACGAGAAGCUGUCCCACCUGGUGAAGAGAAAGGUGUGCGUCUUUGUUCGGUGGAUCCGAGAGCGGCUGCGGACCCUGGUGGAGACGCUCGCCUUUGAGGCCUUCAUCUUCGUCAUCAUCUGCCUCAACACCAUCAUGCUGGUGGCCCAGACCUUCGCGGAAGUGGAGAUCCGGGGCGACUUCUUCAUCAUGAUCAUGGCCGUGCUGGACUGCCUGUUCAUGGAGUUCAACACCUCCGUGAACAACUUCUACAGUUACAACACCGUGCGGAUCCUCAAGGUUUUCAAGAGUCUGCGGGCCCUGAGGGCCAUCCGGGUCCUGCGGAGGCUGAGCAUCCUGACCAGCAUGCAGGAAGUGGCGGGGACCCUGGCCCCAUCCCUGCCGUCCAUCAUGGCCAUCCUCAUUCUCAUGUUCACCUGCCUCUUCCUCUUUUCUGUGGUGCUCCGGGCACUCUUCCGCCAUUCGGACCCCGUCCGCUUCCACAACAUCUUGACCACGCUCUUCACCCUCUUCACCAUGCUCACCCUGGAUGACUGGUCCUUCAUCUACCUGGACAGCCAGGCCCAAGGAGCCUGGUAUAUCAUCCCCAUCCUGAUGGUCUACAUCAUCAUCCAGUACUUCAUCUUCCUCAACCUGGUGAUCGCUGUCCUGGUGGAUAACUUCCAGAUGGCUCUGAUCAAGGGCCUGGAGAAGACAAAGCUGGAGAGGGAUGCCCGGGACCAUGAGAAGCUUCUGGAGGAAUCGGGGACGGACCUAGGUAAAGAAGGUACUGGCUGCCCUGACCCCUGGCCGAUCUACAGACCUGAGCAGAAGGAGCUGCUGUUCCACUACCUGCAGCUGGUGGCCGGGGUGGAGCACCAUCAGCAGAAGUUUCGAUCCCAGGCGUCUAUCAUGGAUGAGAUUGUGGACACCACCUUUGAGACUGGAGAAGAGGACAGCAAGAAGUGA